AUGGAAGCUGUGAGCAGUUUUCUGAAGUUGGAUAUUCUGAUAUUUCUGGUGCAUCUUGGACAUGGGGAAGCAGCAAAACUUGUCCUAGUAAAUAAAGACUUCAGUGUUGAAAGGGGACGGGUGGUGUAUGUGACUGAUGAUGAAUUACAUUUUAAUGUCCCCGGGGAGAGGAACCUUUGUAAGGUAGAGGUGGUUUUAAAUGAGCCAAUUACACAAAGAGUGGGGAAACUUGCACCUCAGUUUAAUGCCUGCCAGCCAGGAUCAAAGGAAGUGUAUAUUCUAAAGACCAACUGUGAAGGUUUCCUGGAGAUGCAACUCCAAUAUCAACACCUCAGCCCCCUAUCCCCUGACACAGAUUACAUCCCCAUCCAGGUGGAGAUCAGAGACAAAAAGAGCCAAUGUCCAUUACAGACAGAAAACGUUUGGAUUCCUGUGGGGAUAAAGGGAGCCAUCCCAAAUACACAGGCCCAAGCUGCAUUUAUAUCCAUGUUCAUCUUGGAGAUUGAUCAGUUUAUUCUUACCCCACUUACAACAGCAGCUGUAGAUGCUGAAGCUGGAGAAACCCCAAAAGACAGAUUAGUGUUCAGCAUUACCAAAUGCUCACUAGAGGGGUAUAUUACCCAUCUGGAGGACCACACCAAGGCCUUUACAUCUUUCACUCGGCAGGAUUUAUACGACAUGAAGAUUGCCUAUCAGCCACCCAACAUCACUCAUUCUGAGAGACAGAACUAUGAGUGUUUGUUUUGCUAUGUUGAGUAUCAAGCAAUUGAUAGUGCCUUCAUGAUCAGUUCUCCUAUCAUGGUCCAUUUUUCAAUAAGAUGUGCUCCAAGGGUUGCAUGGAACAUGGGGCUUGACUUAUUGGAAGUUCAGUCAUAUCCAGUUACCUAGGGUACCCUUCAGAUUGUGGGCAAUGAUAAACUUAAUGCUGUUCAGCUGGUGGAAGAACCACAGCAUGGAUGGAUCACAGUUCGAGGAGGCAAAGGCUUCAAAUUCACAGUUAAAAAUCACAAAGAUGGAGUUGUUCAUUUUCAGCAUGGUGAUAGUGACGCAACCAAGGACUAUGCAAUCUUCAGAAUCUUUGAUGGAAGGCACAAGUUUCCGAUUAACAUCCUCCCUAAAGAUGACAGUGCACCAUUCCUGAUGAGCAACAUUGUCUUUCAGCUGGCAGAAGGGAAGACAGUCCUCAUAGAAAAGCAUAUGUUGAUGUCGUCUGAUUUUGACUCAAGUGAUGAUUAUAUUCUCUGCAAGAUAACCAAGCCACCCGGUGCUGAAGAGAUUAUCAAGACACACUUUCCAGAUGGACCAGGUAUUCCUGUGUCAACCUUCUUGCAAAGAGAUGUCUUCCGCCUCAUUUACUAUCACCAUCUUGGAGGAGAGAUUUUUCAAGACUCGUUUGAUUUCAUCUUAUCUGACAGUCAGGAACCUCCUAACCUUUCAGAUAUUCAAACUGUAAUGAUUCAUGUUAUGCUGGUGAAAGACCAGUUGCCAGAGGAAGUUCCUGGGACUACAAGACAACUUGUUGUCAAAGAAACUGAGAUUGCACACAUCACAAACAAUCACCUCCACUUUACAGACACCGAGUCCCCAGAUAAUCAGUUUAUGUACAUGGUUACUAAAUCAUGUUUCUCUCCCUCUUCUCCCGGAUAUCUAAUUUUCACAGACAGCAUGAAAAGCUAUAAAAAAGAUCCUGCUAUUUCUAUGCUGACAUCGUUCACUCAGCAUGCUGAAACACAUUUAAAAGUGGUGUACAUGCCCCCAGAGAGAGAGAGUGGUCCUGACCCGCUGUUUGAACAGUUUGAGUUUUCUGUUAGUGACCAGCAGGGAAGAGUAGUGGCUGGACUCAACUUUAACAUCACAGUGAUGCCUGUGGAUGAUGAAGCACCUAAGAUUUUCACCAAUCAUCUAACAACAGAGGAAGGUGCCAGUUUCUUCAUCUCUGGGGAGAAUCUAAUGGUGUCAGACUUGGACACCAGGGAUGAUCUUCGAAUCCAGCUGAAGAAACGUCCUCAAUAUGGGCACAUUGAACUGUAUGGACUCAUUAUGCAGGAAGGAGAUAUGUUUACCCUUGAGGAUUUGCAGUCUUACAAAGUCAGGUACCAGCAUGAUGAUUCAGAAACCCUUGAAGAUAUAGUCAUAUUUCCAGCAACAGAUGGAUUUAACACUGCAGAUGGAGUGUUAAGAGUGCAGAUUAUACCAGUUAAUGAUAAGCCCCCAGAGCUACAGUCAGGAUUAAAAUCAAGACUGGAGUGUCCGGAGGGAGGACACGUUGUUAUCACCACAGAAUACCUUUAUGCAACAGAUGCUGAUAGUGAUGACACAAAAUUGACAUACAUGAUUGCUCGUGCUCCAGCGCAUGGGGUGAUUCAAAAGAGAGGAUUCAUGGUGGAUAAAUUCUUCCAGCUGGAUAUCACUCAGAGAUUGAUCACUUACAUACAUACGGGAGGUGAAAUAGGACAUAGCCUUUGUGACGACAACUUGACCCUCAUUGUCUCAGAUGGAGAGGCUGGUACAGUGGAUAGUUGCUGUUUUAAUAAAGCUCUCCCUCCACCAUUACCUCUUCACACCAGUCUCCCAAUCUGUGAUCUGAACAUCACAGCCCUCCCCAUCAACAACCAACGUCCCACCAUUCAUCUGGGAAUGGAGGAACUGAGAACAGGAGCCAAUCGGAGAGAAGAGUUAAGAGUUGGCUCAUUCAAAUGGGUAAUGGAAGGUGACAUGUGUGAGCUGGAGCCUGGCACUUUGAAUGCUGAAGAUCUUGAUAAUCAUAAUGCACCGAGUUUCUCUGUCAUUGCCCCCCACCGCCCCGUUCACGGAUUGACAUUAAAUGGAGUCUGUGGCAGAGAUGUCGGUCGGUACAAGGAGCUGAACUCAGCAGCCCUUUAUCAAGACUUACAGUUUCACAGCUUUUCCUUGGCUGAACUCAAGCAAGGACUGAUGCUAGUGUACAUGCAUGAUGACACAGAAAGCCUAGAGGAUAGUUUUACCAUGCAGCUGACAGAUGGCAAGCACACAGUCCAAGGGACACUUUACAUCUACAUCAUGCCAGUCAACGAUGAAAUCCCUCAUCUUUCCAGGUCUGCAGGUUUGGAAGUUGAUGAGAAUAAGGUCAUUUCCAGUGUAGCAUUAGAAGCAGAAGACAAAGAUUCCCCCAGGGAUAAACUCCAUUACAUCAUCAACAAUGUGCAAAAAUUAGGGAACCUAAAGUUAAAGGCCAUGUCAUGCUGGACCACUCUGUAUCCUGGAAUGAAUUUCAUUCAAGAGGAUGUGGACAUGAGCCUCCUCUGGUAUUUCCAUACUAACAUCCUGGGUCUAAAGAGUUAUGAUCGUUUUCAGUUUUAUGUGACAGAUGGGGAGAACAGCUGCCCACCGGAAAGCUUCUACAUCUCCAUUAGAAAUGUGGGCAAAGGGGACAUUGUUCUACUCACCAAACCUGUAACUUUAACAGAGGGUGACAGGGUGACCUUGACGACAGAUGUUCUUAUGGCAACAGAUGGCACUAGCAAACCCGAGAAGCUGCUGUAUGCCGUCUCUGUGCCACCUGUGCACGGUCAGAUUGAGUACAUCAAUUAUCCCGGCAUGCCCAUUUCCAGUUACAGCCAGUUGGAUGUGGUAGCCCAGAAGGUCUGCUACGUUCAUGACAAUAGCCAUGAGGCUAGUAAGGAUUCAUUCAGGCACGCUAUCAGUAAUGCAGAGGAGUUGUGCAAACACCAUCCACUCUAUGCAAAUUUUACACAGAUGGUUAUCAAUAACAUGGAAGCGUACUACAGACACAAUGGAUGUGCUGGGAAAAUUGAUAGAUUUUCAUUUGUAGCUACCGACAAAGUCAAUCAUGGUUUUCUGGUCAAUGGGCAAAUGAGAGAAAAGGCAAUGGAAUUUACAAUAUAGGUCAAGCAACAUGACAAAAUCUCUCCAACACUCCAAGUGAAAGAAAGUCUGACCACCAUACAGAACCUGAAAGAUGGCAGGCUUGGAAUUCUGAUUACGGCUUGCAAUUUGAAAGCCACAGAUGUUGACAACAAAGAUGAAGAUCUCACCUUCAAAGUUCAGCGGCCUCCUUUCUUUGGGUAUCUGGAAAACUCAAAAACAGGUAGUUAUGUACGCAGUACUUUUACCCAGAAUGAUUUAAACCAGCAGAUCAUCCGGUACAUCAUAAAUCCCUCCACUGAAGUGACUUCAGAUAGCUUUGAAUUUCAAGUAUCCGACGUGGCAGGAAAUACAAUGGUUCCAGAAGUACUUGAAAUGAAAUGGUCCAGAGUUGAACUGGUGGAAACUUGCUAUCGUGUCUGUGAAAAUGUUGGGACUGUUGCCAUUAAGGUGGUAAGGACAGGACAGAGCGCAGAGCCAUUAUUUGUUGGUAUUAAGGUCCAAGAGGUUUCAGCUAGAGUUGGCUUAGACUUCACUCACAGUAUGGCAAGUUUAGUGCAGUUUGAUCCCGGUGUUUCCAUAAAGUCUUGGAACAUCCACAUUAAAGAUGAUGGCCUGGAGGAAAACCAUGAAGUGUUAAAAAUAAUACUGAGCGUGCCUUAAAAUGCUGUUCUGGAGCAGAAGAAUGAACUGACUGUAGAAAUUGUAGAGUCAAGGGCAGGUGGCUGCGUCUCAGCAGGCUUCAAUGGGACUCUCGAAGCAUUGGAAAGAAGUAAUAAAGUUUCAGAAAGUCCACAGCAUCCUGCACGUUUGCUAUUUGACAGCAGGAGUGGGAAAAUCCUUCAGGAAGAGACUAGGGCCACUGAGAAGGGGCAGCGUCCUGUAGGGUGA